ACGGAAGAAGUGGCUGAAGGCGCACUUCUUCCGUUACCAUCAGGGAAGAAACCUCGGUUCCGCCCGUCCCCUUCGCUCUGCUGCUCGCUGCGAGGAAUCGAAGCCAGAAAAACACAAAAAUGGAGUCCGUGGGCGUCGAUGAGAUGUCUGGAUCUAUUAUUCCUGGCCUGCCAAAUGAUUUGGCUUUGAGAUGUCUGGCAAUGAUCUCGCAUGGAUAUCAUGGCUUGCUAGAAUGUGUUUCGAAAAGAUGGAAACAUGCAAUCAGAAGCAAGUAUUAUGCGGAUUUAAAGGCGGAGGGAGGGUGGAGUGGAGAUUGGUUGUUUGUUCUUGGAUCCAAUAAUUCGGCUAUGUGGCUUGCUUAUGAUCCUGAUGCAGAUCGUUGGCAUCCGCUGCCGCAAAUGCCAGGGCCCACUUCUGAUGAAGAAUUCUGUAGGUUUUCAUGUGCAAAUAUAUGUAACAAGUUCUUGGUGAUUGGUGGCUGCUACAUCCCACGUUCAACUGUAUGGUCGGAGACGAAUUUAUCGGAAGUGAAUUCCGUCAUAGUUUUUGAUACAUUCAAGAAGGAGUGGAGCACUGCAGCCAGCAUGAGCACAAAACGAAUUGAUUUUGCAUGUACUGCAAUAGGCAAGAAGGUUUAUGUAGCUGGUGGAAGGAACUCAUAUAAGCUUCAAGGACUUGCUAGCGCUCAAUUCUAUGACCCUCACUUGGACUUGGCUCUUGUUGUUGCAUGCUAUGAUCUUUCUCAGUUUAUCAAGUAUCAUUCUGCUGGAAGAAUCAUCGUGUCAGACCUGAAGGCCAAGGACAGAGUGAUGAAGCUCAUGAAUCAUGAAAAUGCUGAGGUGACGAAGAAUGCUCUUCUUUGCAUCCAAAGGCUUUUCCUUGGGGCCAAGUAUGCUAGCUUUUUACAGUCUUAA